GCCACCGCGCGGGGACGCUCCGCCGCUGGGAAGCGGGCAGAGGCCGAAGACAGGCGCUGCUCGGCCGGCGGGGACCCGGGGGACCCCCGAUCGCCCCUCGGAGGAGGCGCAGGCAGCGGCGCGGCCUCCCGUAGUGGGCGGGCCGGCCGGGCGGGGCGCGCGUCCUUCCUGGUUGCCGGUUGCGUGUGUGUUCCGCUGCGGCGGUCCGGUGCGCGCGGACCUGCUUCCCGGUUUGUGCAACGCGGUCGGAGACUAGCCGAGGCGGAGCUGACCUGGAAGUCUCUCAUUGGCUACUGUCCUUUAUCAGGAAGUCACUUGCCUCCCAAAGUCCACCUGCACUGAGUUGGGGACUCUUCAUGAGCUGAGAGAAUGGCACUCUUCAGGCAGCUGUCCCUGGGUUCCAAGGCUGCCCUGGCUGCAGCCACUGUCUUCACUGUGUCCUUGAUCCUCUCCCGCUCCUUUCUGGCUAAGACCCUUGAGCUCCAGGCCUGGCGCUGGCUGUUCCGCCUGCAGCUGGUCCUGUUUGUCAACUCGCUCAUGCUCAUUGGUUCCUUGUACAUCUGGCGGAGCACAGUCAGCAGCCUCAGCCAUUCCCCUGCUGUGGAAUCUACCUGUUUCCGGCUCUGGAAGCUGGUUGUCGUGGCAUUUCUGGCCCUGGCACAUUCCAGUUUCUUCACCAUGCUCUUCUUGGUGGCCGAGGAACCCCAUGUGUUCUCCUUAGCAGCCUUCUCCUGCCUGGGUGCCUAUAUCCUCAUGCUUUUCUUCCUCUGUAUCUUGAAUGCCAUGGAGCAGGCCUACCAGUUCUUAGCCUGGCGCAGUGGUAGGGUAGUGGGCAGCGUCGACAAGACGCGGCACCUGGUGCUCAGGCCUGCCCUGGCCGUGGCGGUGACGGCUGUGCUCAGUACCGUUGGCCUUCUGAACGCUGCCCAGCCCCCAGUGGUGAAAACCGUGGAGGUGCCCAUCCACCGGCUGCCCCCCUCUCUGAAUAACCUCAAGGUCGUGCUCCUGUCGGACAUUCACCUGGGGCCCACCGUGGGCAGGACCAAGAUGGAGAUGUUCGUGAGGAUGGUGAACACGCUGGACCCGGACAUCACCGUGAUCGUGGGCGACCUCUCCGACUCCGAAGCCUCCGUCCUGCAGACAGCGGUCGCUCCUUUGGGGCGGCUCCAUUCCCGUCUCGGCACCUACUUCGUCACAGGCAAUCACGAGUACUACACAUCAGACGUCAGCAACUGGUUCGCACUGCUGGAAUCCUUGCACGUCCGGCCCCUGCAUAAUGAGAACGUGAAGAUUUCUGCCCCCGGGGACCCGGACGGUGGGGGUAGUGAUAAAGAAUGGGUCUGCCUGGCGGGUGUGGACGACAUAGAAGCAGACAUCCUUCACUACUCUGGGCACGGCAUGGACCUUGACAAGGCUCUGGAGGGCUGCAGCCCAGAUGAUGCCACCAUCUUACUGGCUCAUCAGCCUCUGGCUGCCAAGAGAGCCCUCCAGGCUCGGCCGGAUAUAAACUUGAUCCUUUCCGGGCACACGCAUGCAGGGCAGAUCUUUCCCUGGAAUGUCGGGGCCUAUCUUCUCAACCCUUUUUUUGCUGGACUCUACCAAGUAGGCCAGGCUACAUUUGUGUACGUCAGCCCGGGUACAGCCUACUACGGGAUCCCCAUGAGGCUGGGGAGCAGGGCGGAAAUCACAGAACUCAUCCUGUGGCGGGCUCCCUAAGCCUGCCCUGGUGACCCCGCCCUGCCCUGCCCUGCCCUGCCCUGCCCUGUCCUGUCGUUGCCCAUCACUCUCAUCCAUCUCCUGCUCUGGCCGAGCCCUGCCAACAGCCUUUGGCUGCAGCCUGCUGGGAAUCAGUGAUUUGCAGCGGGGCUGCCUGGCAAGUUCAGGCCAGUUUAACUCUUCGGAGAAUCGAUUGCUUUUUGAUGAUAUACCCCUGGGUAUCAUCAGAUUUACAUUUGCUUUCCAGCUGCUGUAGAGAGGGGCCCUUUUGCAGAGGGUUGGGUGGCUAGAAAGGACAGGUCUUCUCAGAUACAGGGAGGGGCAGGAGUACUUGUCUCCUGUGGCUUUAACCCUGGUUAGGGCUUCUUUGGUGGGUUCUGGAAUCACUUGAUCUAGAGACAGUUGGUCUGGGCAUGGGCCUUGUUGAGAGGUCAAGUGAGAUGGGCACCUCCCUCUGCCUUUUCUCCUUGGUUCAGUCAAGGUCACCUUUAUUAAGGACAUCGACAAAGCCCACCACCGGGACAUGGGCCCUUCCGGUCAUGCUGAUUACCUGGCUGGACAGGGAUGGCUGGAGAAGAAAGCAUGGGCACUGUGGUGUGUGAUGACUGCCAUCUCUUAAGGACUUGGCAGCUCCGAAUCCCUGGUUCUGUGAUGUCUUUGGGUGAGGUAAUUAAGGACAGGCUGCUUCUAUGUUUGGGGGUUAAGAAAAGGACACUGGACGACGGGAUGAGGUGUGCUCGAAGGUACCGUGACAAAUACUUGUCUAGGAGGUUCCCAACUUUGGGUUCCAAAUGAGCAUGAGAAAACAAGAGUAUAUGUAAGGGAGAGAGAAAGAGAGAGUGAGAGAGACUGUCUUACCUGCUUGGGGACAUUCUACUCCAUCUACCUUGGCCUCUGGCCACAGAAGCAUAGGAUCGUUCAUAGGGCCUCUAGGCACACAAGGAAGACAAAACAAUGCCUGCACGUUUGUUGGUUUAGCCUUUGCCAAGGGCAAGAGAGACUUUGCCCUUUGCAGAGCAGAAAACUGAGCAUUGAGAUGUGUUCAGGAACAUCCAGUAGCUUUGACUCUGAGAGUCCUCUGGAAGGAGAUGCAGAUGCUCUCUCUCUGGAGAGGGACGUCCUGCUGCUUAUGAGAGAAGGUUGAUGUCCCCCUAGAUUCCUGGAGAUGGCUGUGAUUCUUACAUCUACCUCAAGGCUGCUUUGCUGGGAGAAAGCUGAGCCUGUAUCUCACACUCAGCAUGUUGUGUAAUGUUAGUGUGCUAAUCAGUGCGUUGAAACCUGCAAAGGGACGUUGCCAGUCCCGGGAGCCUAGAGAGUCAAUCCUGGGGACCGUCGGCGGGUGGCAUGCUGCCCUGCCAACAGAGCCCAGGUGUCCACGUGACGCCAGCUAAGAGCCACCUUCCUGUCGCAUGCCUGAAUUUCCUAUGCACCUUCUGCUUCGUAGAUGGCAGUUCGCGAUGGCGUCUAGGGGUGCAGGAGAUUACACUCAUUUGUUGUCUCCCUGCCAGGUAGUAGCAGUUGGCCAAACAGCCCCAGAUAAAUAAUAAAUAAAUAAGUAAUUUCAAAAUGCACGCCUGUACCUCCCAGCGCUCAGCAGGUAGACAUAGGAAAACUAGGAGUUCAAAGCUGAGGCCAUCCUGGGCUACAUGAGACCCUGUCUUGGAAAGAACAGAGAGAGAGAAAGAGAGAGAGAGAGAAAUAGCCUUGCCUUGAUGCUGUGGUGCUGUCACUCCCUCCCACCCUGCACAGGGUUUCAGUGCCCUGGGAGAGAUUUUGUGAAGAGCGUGAUUUGGUGGUGGGAUUUAGGAGAGGCCAAGGCCUCAGCACCUAGUUCUUUCAGACCCCUUCUGGGCACUGCCCCCACCUGCCACCCCUCCAGCCUCUCGGGAGGCCACUUUCUGCAGUGUUUUCCACCCCUGGUGAUUCCACCCCCUUUGGGGUCACCACUGCCCUUUCUUAGCUUUGGAUUUCACCAGACAGUUGACACCUUUUCACUCCAACCUCCCGGGGAGCUCUCCUGCCCAGCUUCUGUUAUUUUUACUAGUUCCUUGAUAGCUAGAUGCCCGGCCUGUGUCACCACAGGGCCUGUGUCACCACAGGGCCUGUGUCACCACAGCAGGCUCCUUCCGUCCGCCACGAAGCUCUGCUUCACCAAAGGCUUUUCUGUUAGCAGGAAGGCAUUGGGUUGCUGCCCAUGGGGAGAGAACUUGCCUUGCAAGUGUGAGGCCUGGGUUCAGUGUCAGGGCUGGCCAGUGAAGCAGCUCCUGGCCGGCACUCACUCCUACAAGCUUCCGUCCCCGGAACCCACGGUGGAAGGAGAACGCCGACUCCACAGUUAUCCUCUGACCUCCACAUACGUGCUGCCACGUGUGUGCCCACACUUAGACACAGGCCACAGAGUGCACACACAAUAAUAUAGAUAAAAUCAUUUUCUAAAGAGAUGAGCCUGCCUGCUCUCCUGAAAGUCUUUUAUUAUUCUUUUUUUGCUUUUGGUUUUUUGGUUUUUCUUUUCCAGAAAGGGUUCCUCUGUGUAGCCUUGGCGGUCCUGGAUUCACUUUGUAGACUAGGCUGGGCCUCAAACUCAGAGAAAUCCUCCUGCCUCUGCGUCCCUGAGUGUUGGAAAUACAGGCGUGAGCCGCUGCGCCCGGCUAAUGUCUUGUAUUCUAAUAAAAGGGAAACAGUGAUUCUGUGUUCUUGUUAGCUUUCUCUCUCCUCCUGAGAGAGACUGUUUCUUCACCUUCUUCACACCUUCCGGGCCAUCCGGCACAUGGACACCUGGGUAUUCCUGAAAUUCCCUUCUUCUCCCUCCCAUUUUGACGGGGUAUUCCUAAGGUUGGCCAGCCGCUCUGGGAUGCAAGCUCUUCUGCUCUCAAACCCCGAGCGCUUGGGGCUCCAGGUGUGUGCCACCGCGGGCACCCCUUGCAGUCAGCUUUGUUUCUGUGGUUCUGGUUGUAACCGUGCCCGCCUUCCUUUCUGAAGUCAGUUGUUGGGGUGUGGCCAAAGGUUUGGCGGCUGGGUUGUCGCCAAAUAUCGAUUUUGUUUAUUCUUUGUGCAUUUUUUUUUUCUGGUCCCAAUUUUAUUGAUCUCUGCUCUUUCUAUUUGUUGGUUGGUUGGUUUCGUUUGGUUUUUUGGGGACAGGGUCUCAGUAUGUAAACCUGGCUGGCCUGGAACUCACCAAGUAGACCAGGCUGGCCUAAAACUCUGAGAGAUCUGUCUACCUCUGCCUUCCCAGUUCUUUCUCUAAUUUCUUGAGGAACUGUCCUUUUACGAUUUUCUUUUUGUUUAAGUCAAAGUCUGAAAAGGUUCUAUAUAUUGUGUGUGUUCUAUGUCUCUUUUAAGUCUGUUAUAUUCCUCUUACACAUGCAUAAAAAAAAAAAAGAAAAAUAAUCGAGGACAUCUUUAUUUAUUUAUUUGUUUGUUUGGUUUUUGGCUGUCCUGGACUCAUAGGGAUCUACCUGCCUCUGCCUCGCUGAGUACUAGGACUAUAGGCGUGUGCCACCACGUCCGGCUUUAAUGUAUAUUUUAAAAUUAGUUUGUACAUGUGUGUUCCUUGCGCGCGUGCAUGUGUGUGUGUGUGUGUAUGUGUGUGUGUGUGUGUACAUGUGUAUAUAUAGUCCUAAUAUGGGGGUCAGGAGCUAGUUCUCCUCUUCCUGUGGGUCUCUGGGAUCAAAGUCAUAUAGUGCUGAUUGCUGCCAAGUGCCUUUAUUCAGCUUUUUCUUUUUAGACUUAUUUUUAUUUUUAAUCUUGUAGGUCUGUGUGCCUUCAUGGGGGUGUGUACAGACGAGUGCAGAUGUCUGGGGAAGCCAACGGCUUAGAGCUGGAUUAACCUGAUGGGGCCACUGAUCCAUCAAGCUUCCUCUUCUUCCUCCUCCAGCUUCCUUUUGUUUUGUUUUUGUUUUUGUUUUUUUUCCUUUUAGAUUUUUUUUGAGACAGGGUUUGUCUGAGAAAAAGCGCUGGCUAUCCUGGAACUCUCUCUCUAGACCAACCAGGCUGGCCUCGAACUCACAGAGAUCCACCUAUCUCUGCCCCUCCAGGGCUGGGAUAUGUUUUUUUUUUUUUUUCUUUUUCCUGAAAUAAAGGGCCAGGGUUAAGCUGAUCACUGGCCAGGAGUGCAGGAGGGUUAGGAAACAGACCUACAGUGCUCAUCACUCUCUGCGGCCUCUGCUUUGCUAUCCUCCGCGUCUCCCGUGGCAGCGUCUUCUUUCUAGCCAGUCUUACAAGACACAUAGAAAUGAGCAAGAUUAAUAAGCACGGGUGUGGGCUAGAGCAGGUGUCCACAAAUCUUCCCUACGGGUAUUGAUUGCUUCCGUGGACCUCAGUUACUUUGCUUCGCAGGCCUGUGGAAGGGAGGUCCUGGCCACAGCAGCCGCUGGGCAUCCUUCUGGUCUUCUGAAAUCACUCUUGGCUUUCGCUUUGCUGUGUGACCUUAAGGGACUACAGAGGCCUUACGUGUGUGAAGGCCUCCCACUUCCCCCUCCCCUCACUGCCAUAGCCCUGGUUUGCUAGUAGAACAGGCUGGGCUUCACCCUGGAGCUAAGGUGCCCCAGCCAGGAGCUCCACAGAGCCCUGAGGUCAGGUGACAGGUCUUGUAAGUGUGAUUGGAGACCCGUUGGAUUGGAACCUCCAGUUUCCUCCCAAGAGACCUGGAGGCCAAGGUCCUGAUCAGUUUGUUCAUAAUGACCCUUAACCUGUGAUGUCACCAAGCUGCUUUACUCUUUGUUCAAGUCCAGGAAUGUGCACAAGGGAUGCAGAUAAUUUAUUUUUAGCACUGAGGACUAGAACUCUUGGGCAGAUGUUCAAGUUACCCAUUGAUGGCUGUACUGUGUUAUGGUUAAUGCUUUGUUUUAUUUUUUUUAAGAUGCUUAUAACUGAAAAAAAAAAAAAUCACACCAGUCAGUGUUAGACUCCUGAAGAGUACACUCAGUCUAAGGGUGUUUUUUGUGUGCACUGCCUUUUUUUUUUUUUUAAACCUCCAGUAUUUUAUGUGUUAUGUAUAUAGUGGGGGUGGAGACUCCAGGGGCCUGAACCUCCCAUAAGGCUUUGCUUGAAAUUGGGUUUUGUCGUGUUCCUGUGGCUGUACACUUUGUAACCACUGAUGCUACCACACCCUGCAAGUGUGAAAUAAAGAUUUAUCUCUUCAUGA